GAGUUCGAGGAGUCCGCUUGUUGGAGAGGAGUGGCGGAGCAGAGGAGAGCGCUCUCUUUCCAUAUAGUUUUCCCGUUUCUGGGGGGGUUUUUAAUUAGAACUCGACACUGCACUGCGCUUCAAACGUCUUCAGCAAACGCUCCAACAAAAACCCAAAGGCGAGAAAGGCUUCUUCCUUUCUCAACAAGAUGAUUUUAUCAUCAACUUUGAUAACAUUAUUAUGGUUGUGUUACGCAACGGCCCAAGACACGUUCACCAUCGCCGGACUCUUCCACGAUGACAAUUACCAAUCGGAGAUGGCUUUCAAGUACGCGAUCGCGCGUCACAACAUGUUCAACCAUGACAUCAAGUUCAAGACGGUCAUCCAGAGGAUCGACAAGAACGACAUCUUCGCAACGAAUAAGAUUGUUUGCGAUCUGGUGUCUGCUGAAGAGGGAAUCGUGGCGAUCUUCGGGCCUGAGUCUGGUGUCGUUGGGCCGAUGGUCGAGUCGAUUGCCUCCAAUUUGGAGAUACCGCAUCUGCAGACCUACAUGAACUACAAGAACAACGUUAACUCCAACACCGUGCUGAACAUCUUUCCCGACCCGGAGCUUCUCUCCACCGGUCUAGCGGCUUUGAUCAACAACAUGAAUUGGAAGAGUUACAUGAUCGUUUACGAAAGCAUCGAUGGUUUGAUGAGGCUGCAGGACGUCCUCAAGAUUCCCGAUUCCUCUUCCAGUCCAGUCACGAUCAGGCAACUCGGCGAUUCCAAUGAUCACAGGCCUCUGUUUAAGGAGAUCAAGAAAUCAGCGGAAACAAACAUAAUCUUGGAUUGCGAUAAUUCCAUCAUCAUCGACGUGCUGAAGCAGGCCAAAGAGGUGGACAUGCUCGACUACUUCCACAGCUACGUGAUAACGUCUCUGAACGCCGACACCCUCGAUUUUUCCAUCCUCGACACGAGAGCUAACAUAACGACGGUUCGUCUCUUCGAACCGAACAGCAUGAAUCUGCACAACGCUGUCAGGGAUUGGGAGAUGGGCGAGCUGAACGAGAUGAAGGAAAUCUUCAGCUUAUCCACAUCCGAAGUGCUGGCCGAAACAGCUUUGAUGCACGACGCAGUCAACUUCUUCACGUUGGCCUUCAGAGAGCUUCACAUCACCGAACCCAUAGUUGCGAAACAGCUUACAUGCGACGGAAGGGUGAAAUGGGACGCUGGAUACAGAAUCGCCACGUACAUGAAGAUCAGACCAAUGCUGGGAAACACCGUGACUGGGACCAUCAAGUUCAACGAAGUCGGAAAACGGUCGGAUUUCAAUCUGCACUUUGCCGAGAUCAUUUCCGGCCGUGUGGAAAAGAUCGCCGUCUGGGGUCCGGAGAACGGUCCAAACGCUCUUAACUUCACGAGGAGCGUUCACGAGCAGAUGCAGCAGAUCGUCGAGAAUUUGCAGAAAACCGUUGUCAUCGUCUCAUCCAGAUUGGGAAGUCCGUACCUGAAGCGCCGCCAAGCUAGAUUUGAAGGUGAUAUUUUGGAAGGAAACGCCGAAUUCGAAGGAUACUCUUUGGAUUUGAUAGACGCCGUUGCUAAAGAGCUCAAUUUCACCUACAAAUUCGUGCUGACGAGUGACGGGGCUUACGGAAGUUACGACAAGAAAACGAAGACUUGGAACGGUCUCAUCAAGGAUCUUCUGGAGAGGAAAGCCCAUUUAGCUAUUUGCGAUUUGACCAUAACGCAUCAACGCAGAGAAGCCGUGGAUUUCAGCUUACCUUUCAUGACUUUAGGUGUUAGCAUUUUGUACAGCAAAUCUAAACCGUCAGAAAGGAAUAUUUUCGCGUUCAUGGAACCCCUCGAUACCUACGUUUGGAUCUACAUCGUUUCUGCUUACAUUUCGGUGACUUUGAUCAUGUAUUUGAUAGCUAGGAUGGCCCCAGGCGAUUGGGAAAAUCCGCAUCCUUGCGAUCCGAAUCCGGAGGAAUUAGAGAACAUUUGGACGCUGAAGAAUUGUCUUUGGCUGAUUUUAGGUUCGACCAUGUCACAAGGCUGCGAUAUACUCCCCAAAGGAAUAUCCUCGAGAAUGGCUACUUCCAUGUGGUGGUUCUUCAUCCUCAUCAUAUCUUCCUCUUACACCGCCAAUUUAGCUGCUUUCCUCACCAUGGACAAGAUGGCACCAAGCAUCGAUAGCGCCGAAUCUCUGGCGAAACAAACCAAAAUCAAAUACGGAACAGUCGACGGAGGAUCGACGCAAACCUUCUUCAAGGAAUCCAAUUUCUCAACUUUCUCAAGAAUGUGGACCCAGAUGAUUUCAACGAAACCCAGCGUCUUCGAGAAGAGCAACUCCGAAGGAGUUAAACGCGUCCUAACAACAAAGAAUCAACUGUACGCUUUCUUGAUGGAGAGUUCUAGCAUCGAGUACGAAAUCGAGAGGAAUUGCGAAUUGAAGCAAGUGGGAAAUCGUCUGGAUUCGAAAGGAUACGGAAUCGCAAUGCCAGUCAAUUCUCCAUACAGAAGCGCCAUAAAUAAAGCAGUGUUAAAACUGCAGGAAGAUGGAACUCUGAGUUUGCUGAAAACGAAAUGGUGGAAACACAUGUACGGCGGAGGCGCUUGUGAUGAUGUUGAUGAUGGUAGUUCUUCUGCGGAACUGAAAUUGGCCAACGUCGGUGGCGUUUUCCUCGUCUUGGGCAUCAGCGUUUCCAUAGCCAUGAUCUUUGCGAUCGUCGAAUUCCUCUGGAACGUCCAUCGAGUUUCUGUAGAUCUGAAGAUAAGUCACGGGGAAGCCUUCCUCCUCGAGCUGAAGUUUGCGGUGAAGGUGUGGAUCACGCAGAAGAGAACGACUCCGGAGAUAUCCGAGAAUUGCUCGCAAAACGGCGAUAACGGUAUAUUCAACAAGAAAAGUACUUCUCUGGAGUACAACUCUUUGUCCAGCUUCGAUAACAACCUGAAGAAGUCCAAGGAAUCUGGAUUGAAUUCAUGAUUUCAAUCACUCUCUGUAUUUCUCAUCGUGUUUGUUGAUGUUUAAUGAUUACACAAAAAAAGAAAAGAAAAAUUACGAACGUGAUAUCUAGUAUUAAACCAAAAACAUUGAUUAUAUUUCUUUUCGCAUCAGUUUGAACAAUUGUAU